ACACGAGGACUUUUUUGCACGAGGGAGGGGGACACAUAAAUAGAAGUGAAUGUUUCUGGCCUCAUGCAAAAAGCAUUUGUCAUUUGUCCAGUAGUGUUGUUAUUUGUUGUUCUAUGACGUAUUUAGUUUUUUCGAAUAAUUUCAGGUUGCACAUUUGAUCAUAAAAAAUUUAUCCGAGAAACAUCAAUGACGUCAUUGGUAUUAUUUUUAAUAUUGACGGUAAUUAUAACCGUGAGUUAUGCACAAAUGUAUGGGAGCUAUAAUCCUCGACCGAAACUUGGAUCCUGUGCACCACCAUUGGCAGUGGAUGUGUGCUCAAGAAGUUGUUAUUGGGACAAUCAAUGUUUAGGAAUUGAAAAAUGUUGUCCUACAAGUUGUGGUGGAUCCGUUUGUUCCAGACCGGUGACAACGAGAAAUCCGGCAACAAUAGGAACAAUAAAAGCAGGGGUUUGUCCACAAACAUCAAACGAACGUUGGAUCUGCUCAUCGACCUGCAUUGAUGACAGUGAUUGUCCAGAGAAAAAGAAAUGUUGUAAAACUCGUUGCGGUGGUAAUAUAUGUAAAAAACCACAUAUAACAGAAGGAGAAGAAGUAGAAAAAGACACUGUUAAUAAUGAUAUUGAUAUAUAUUCAAAUAGUAUAUCAUUUGAUAAUGGCAACAAUAAUAACAAUAAUAAUUUUGACGUUGCAUUCCGGGCGAAUCGAAAUAAUCCAUUUUUAUUUCGACGAUCUCGUUAAACAUAAUUUAUUACCCCCAUAAUGUAAAUUAAAUUUCAAAUUCUCUAGUUUUCAUUCCGUCAUUAAAACUUUGAUAACUUUAGUCAAAAAUAAUUUUUAUAGUACUUAUUCAUUAUCUUAUACGUAUACCGUGUUGAAAAAAAAUAAUUAUACAAACAUUUUUAAAUUGAAUUUUCCCGGACUAUGCUAGUGUUGUCAUGAAUUUUUAUAAUGAUGUUAAUUUAUACGUUUAUAAAUUAUGCCUUUCACUUAAAGAAUGCUCAUUAAAUAUUUAUAAUUGUUAAGCGACCAUAUGUGAUUAAUUAGUGUAAAUCUCUUUCUCUACGUAUGACACUAUUUAUUUUUAUUUAAUUUAUUAACUCUAUAUUUGAGACUGAGAUGUUAUGUUAUUUUUAGUUAAUAAAAUUAGUUCCGUCAACAGUU